CGGUUUCCGAACACAAAGAAGCAAGAGAAAGAGAGAAGAGUUUGGUAAUUGGUGAGCUACGAUGGCUACGCAGUCAGUGUUUUCGUCGUCACCGAGAAUCGCACCUCCUCAUUCCUCCUCUCCGAUCAAAAUCACAUCAGCUGCUCCUCCACUUCUGAACUCUGGCUCUCGCUCCCUCUCCUUUCCUCUGCGUUCCACUGUACCGGGUAAGCUGGCUUUCAGAGUCAGCUCCACCCCCUCUAGAAUCGCCUCCAUCUGUUGCGCUUUGUCUCCCGACCUGAAGAAUACGCUGGAUAAAGUUGUUACGUCGCAGAAAGUUGUUCUUUUCAUGAAGGGUACUAAGGAUUUCCCUCAGUGUGGAUUUUCAAACACUGUAGUGCAAGUAUUGAAUUCGUUGAACGUGCCUUAUGAAACAAUUAACAUACUGGAGAAUGAAGUUCUGCGUCAAGGAUUGAAGGAAUAUUCCAAUUGGCCAACCUUUCCUCAACUUUAUAUAGAUGGAGAGUUCUAUGGUGGCUGUGAUAUCACUGUUGGAUCAUGGUUGAGGAAAGAGCUUAAAAAAGAAAUCCGAACAAUGAUUUGCUGUGAUUGUAAUUUUACCCAAUCAAAAAUACUUGCCCCUACAUGUUCCUGAUGAGUUUAUGCUGGAAAGAAUCGGUAUGAGGCAUAUAAGAGUGGGGAAUUGCAAGAAUUAUUGGAGAGAGCAAUGUGCUCGUGAAUCUCAGUUGUGGAAGCUGGGAAGAUUGUUCUACUUAUGGACUCAGCUUGAUACUCUCGGCUGUGAUGGGAUAAUUUGUUGUAUGACAACUUAAAUAUGUUACUAUUGACAGUGGAAACUAAAAUUCACACACAUAUUUACCGGGUGUUUGCUUCAUAGCUGGGAUUUACACCUGUAGCUGGAGGACUCCAAUUGCCUGUGCUUCGAGGGUCGUCUACUGCAGGGUUUCCUCCUUAAAAUACUGAAUGAAACAAAUGGUCUGUAUAAGGUGGACUCUAUCCAAAGGCUCUUAAAAUUGCAUUUCAAAGUAAAAUUGUUAAGAAGGGAUUAAUGUGGCAUGAACUCUGUGCCUAGGAGCAUACAUGAGUUGAAAAAGAAAGUCCUAUUUUCAAUGACGAAUGUUACAUCAGUUUUUAUUA